AUGUCGCAUACAAUAAUAACACGCGCAACACUUCGAAUCAGCUCUCAAAACCCGCUUUAUGCUUCUUCACGAGCCAUUGGCACGCCAUGCCGUCGCCUCACCUCCAUCCGCCCACGCACGCACGCUCUCAAACCCCAAACCACCACCCGCGCCUUCUGCCUAAGUCCGACCCUGCACAAGAAAGCCGGCAAAGCCAACAAAGCCCAUGCACGCACCGAAGGCAGCAGCACACCACCCGUCAACAAUACGGGUGCCAUGACGCCGACCGACGAGGCCUACGAUGUGUCUGGGCUGGAGACGGAAAUCCUCAAGGCGAUUGAGAAGCUGACGCAUGAUUUGAGUUUGUUGCGCAGUGGGGGCAAGAUGAAUCCGGAGGUUGUGGAGGCGUUGAAGGUGCAAUUGGGGACGGUGUCGGAAGGCAAGGAGAGUGUGCGGCUGGGGGAUAUUGCGCAAGUUGUGCCGAGGGGGAGAGUGUUGAAUAUUGUUUGUGGGGAGGAGGGGCACAUCAAGCCAAUAUCCUCUGCCAUUGCCUCGUCCCCGCACUCACUCACCCCGCUCGCCCCCGAGCCCUCCAACCCCCUUACCAUACAAGUGCCCCUCCCGCCUCCCACGGGCGAGUCCCGCCGCGCAGCUGUGGAGGCGUCCAUCAAGGCUGCAGAACGCGCGGACAAGUGGAUACAGACUGCGCGACAGGAGCACAACAAGAAGUUGAGAAAAUUCGAAUUGAACAAGGAAGUGUUACCAGAUGAUUUGCAAAAGGCGAAGAAGAGGAUGGAGGAUGUGGUUAAGAAGGGGCAUACGGAAGUGAAGAGGAUUAGUGACGGGGCAAGGAGGGUGCUGGAGAAACAUGCUGCUUUUGGGGUCAACAGUGACUUGAUCGAGCGUGCCUAUGGUACCUGUAAACACUUGCCCACAAAUGCACGUUCCCACGAGGGGUUCUUGAGGGGAACCGGGAGGCUUGAGUCAGAUGCCGAGUUGGCCAUGCAACGUUGGUGUUCAGAUUGGAUCGUAUCCCUACAUCUCACAUGGGACUCCGUGGUCAUUAUCAAAGGAUGUCAUCUUUGCGGUCAGAAGCCACCGCUCACCACUUUGGCGGCUUACCGGCACAUGAUUGCUCUACAAGGCGAUGUUCGCUUCCUUCGCCGUCACACAAUGCUGAACACUUGCCACUCGACGGAGAAAGAUCCUGCGAAUCGGUUUGCCGUGGACUGA